GUAAGGCAAAAAAAUCUUGAGGAGAGAGAUAAUGAGUAAGCAAAGGAAGGGAGAGAGAGAAUUGCUGUUGAUAUAGAAAAUGCAAUAGUAGUUGCAAAAUGGCACUUCUCAGGUCAAUUGCUACCGUCGCCGGAGCCGCAACCGCCGUCACCGUCGCUACUUCCGUCAUUCUACCAUCUUUCCGAUCGAAAACCUUCAUCCUAUCGUCAAAUUCAACUCUACAUCACGACCGCUUCAGUCUAGUCAAGAGUUUUGCUCAUUCACCAACCGCCGUUCACAUGGAAUCGCAAGCACCGGUUUCAGAUAUCAAAACUUUCCACCAGUUUGACGCCGCUUUGCCGGAGUUAUUUACAGAAUAUAUGGUGGAUAUGAAAUGUGAAGGAUGUGUAAAAGCAGUCAAGAGUAAAUUAGAGUUCAUUGAAGGUGUAAAGAAUGUUGAAGUUGAUUUAAGUAAUCAAGUUGUUAGGGUUCUUGGAUCUUCACCUGUGAAGAUCAUGACAGAAGCUAUAGAGCAGACAGGUCGCAAGGCUCGGUUAAUUGGUCAAGGAAUUCCUGAAGAGUUCCUGGUUUCUGCUGCUGUAUCGGAAUUCAAAGGUCCCAAUAUCUUUGGUGUAGUUCGUUUGGCUCAAGUUAGCAUGGAAUUGGCAAGAGUUGAGGCCAACUUCAGUGGCUUAUCACCUGGUAAACAUGCUUGGUCCAUAAACGAGUAUGGCGAUUUGACAAAUGGCCCGAAAAGCACUGGGAAAGUGUUCAAUCCUAAUCUUGAUGCAAAAGAGCCAUUGGGUGACCUGGGAACACUGGAUGUAGAUGAGAAGGGUGAAGUCUUAUUUUCCGGUGUGAAAGAAAAUCUUAGAGUUUCUGACCUAAUUGGCCGUUCAAUAGUAGUGUAUGCAACAGAAGACAAGUCAGAUACAGGCCUUUCGGCAGCAGUUGUAGCUAGAAGUGCGGGUGUGGGCGAGAAUUACAAAAAGCUGUGUACUUGUGACGGCACCACGAUCUGGGAAGCAACCAAUAAUGAUUUCGCCACUAGCAAGGUAUGAUCUCGAUUCUUGAAUAAUGCUGAUUGUCUAGGUAUGUAUGUUGUAUGAAGGUAUGAUGUUGUAUCAUUAUAACUAAGGUGAGGAAGUGUUAAGAGAUGAAAAUAAAAUCAUAAAUUAGAUAAUUCAAUGCUUGUUUGUUCAG